AUGCAUCUGCUAGAUAUUCCCAGCGAGCAUGUCCCUGCAUUAGCCAGCAUCCUCCAGUUCCGACCAGAUGAAGAUCUACAAGAGCGAGCCAAACGCAUUAGCAAAAACGCCAAAGCUUUGCCUGCGUUGCUGCGACCUGGUCGGCUGGAGCGGCUGCUACUCCCUCCUCUAGGUCACCUCUGCAAGAUGCACAAGAAUCUUGACUAUUCGGUGGUCGAGGUGGUAUUGCACCACAUCCAGAUCGAAGUCGGCGAGCGUCUCAACAACCUCAUCUGGAGCAGCCAGCUUUUGACCCGUGAGCAGUUCGGUCGCGUGACAAGAUUGAGGUCGUUGCAUGCCCUAUGGCUCGCACCGGCAGAGUAUGAGAUGACAUUUCUAGCUUCUACGCGAGACUUGAAGUGGCAGUACCAGCAAGACCUGUGCGAGGCGUGUAUUGUUUCCCAUAUUACUGGUGAUUUGGAAGCCCUCUUGGACCUCAGAUAUGCAAUUCAAUCGCGGGCGACGAGCAAAUUUCUGGCCAAGCAUGGGAACCCUAGACUUCAACUCUGGGUGCACGCGUGGAUCGAUGCUUUACUGGAUCACCUUACGAGCAAGACAGGUCAGGAUGUCGAUGUUGAUGCAAUCAUUGCGCAAAACGAGAUGGAGGCUCGAGAGCUGAUGCGGCUCAGAAUGAAGAUUCAUGCGUUGCGAAAGAAGACACUCGUGGAUCUGCCCGGGCCUGAUGGGGACAAGGAUGGCGAGAAGCACAUACACCUGGGCGGUGUCCUUGAGGACGCAGACCAUCUGGACGAGGCUGACGGGGCUGAACUGGACGUGGUGGAUGCAUAUGCCGCGUUGAAUAGCCCCCCCUGUCUUCCAGCGGUUCCGCAACGACACUCUCAAUCUCAGAGUAGAAAUGCAGCCGAUUCCAACUCGGUAUCCGCCGAUCCAUCCCGGAAAGGCCAGAGCCCGUACCAGCAUCCCCAUCCAAUGCCAGCGCAAGAGUCCUUCUACAGUGUCGACACUGUCGCGAACAAUGCAGGAAGGGUGGCUGCCAGUGUUUUGAAAGACAUUACGGAAUGUCCCGAGGACAAGGACGAAGUCUAUAUGCCCCCAAGACAAUUAUGGAAGAAGCAGUCGCCGCCGUCGUCAGCCUCCUUGUGGGCUAAAAAGACCUUGCCUCCAAUUCCAACCGUCGGAUUUAUAGAGUCAUGGGAAACGGUGCCUGUCAACAGUUCGUACACCAUCCACACAGUGCCAACCGAGCCACCUCUAGAGGGCCAACAACGCCACCGCGAACGUUGUCCAGCUGACACUUAUGUCAACCUGAUCGAUCUGGCAGCACUCAAGUCCGACCCGCUUCUCGCAACCGCUGAUACAUGGACGUCGUUUGGAGACUACGUCUGCUACUAUACCCAUGAGAGUCAAAGUCAAGAUGCAAGCAGGUUCGAGGGAGAACCAAUCAACGGAGACAGCCCUACCAGCAGUCAUGAGAGUGAAUCCGAAUCCACCGGCCGAGAACUGGCUGUACAAAGACCUUACGAACAUGCCCUAGUGAGAUCGUCCCCGUCAUGCGAACACAGCAACUCUCAGCCACCCAACCUCCCCCAACUGGGGGACGAGGUAAAGAAUACGGCUGCAUCUAGCACAACCAUCAGCAGCUGGGGCGGCAUGUAUGGGGAUGGGGUGGCGCAUAAGAAGGAUUUAAGUUGGUUUUAUACAGAAGUGAAGUAG